CUGAAGAGCAACCCGGAGAACACGGAGGCCCGAAGCCAGCUUGCCCGGGUCACAGAGCUAGAACUGUCCAUGCAAGAAGCUCAGACUGCCUUUCAGUGGAAGAACUACCAAGGAGCAAUUUAUAUUCUAAAUCGAGCAAUUGAGAUUUCCCCGUGGAAUCCAGAAGCGAAAGAGCUGCGCUCCGAGUGCUACCUUCACCUUGGCGAUUACAACAAAGCCAUCAUGGACCUCAAACCCACGGCUAAGCUGCGUAACGACAACAGGGCUGCUUUCCUUAAGCUGAGCAAGCUCUAUUAUAACUUGGGAGACCACGAGGAGUCCUUAAAGUAA